AUGCGAGUCACUGUGGAAGCGGAAGAAGCAAAGCUCUCGAACCAAGUAAAAGAAAUUUGGAAGUUGGAGCAUCUUGGAAUUCAGGGAAACAACGAUAUCACUGACGGCGACAUUGGUCUUCAAGACUCCCGAUCGACAGGAAAGGAAGUAAAUGGCAGAUAUCAAGUAUCCCUGCCAUGGAAGACUGCAAGACUGAGUAUUCCCCCGAACAAGGAAGUUGCGAUGGACAGACUGCACAGUUUGACAACGAAACUACUCAAGAAUGAACACCUCAUUGAACAAUAUGACAGCCCUAUCAGACAGUACCUGAGGGAAGGUCAUGCUGAGAAAGUCAAUGCGUCAGCAACAACCCAGGGUGUUACUUAUUACAUGCCGCACCCCGCUGUCGUGAAAAUGGACAGAGAAAGCACCAAUAUACGAAUCGUCUUUGACGCCUCUUCGAAUGCAGCUAGGUGCGCCCCUCCCUCAAUGACGUCCUUGACGCAGGACCAUACCUGA